AUGGAAUCUGGAGGAAUAGGGAUCACAACGAUCGAUUCGAGAUCUCCAAGGCCGGAAACACCGGCCGAGAAGGAGGCAGACGACAAAGUUCCAGUGCGGGAAUGGCGGUCUGAGGCCUUGAGAUGGCCCUGUCUCGUCCUCUUCGCCCUGUUUGACCUCUCUAUCAUGGUCACCCUUAUAGCUCUAGUCACGAGAUCACUGAGGGAUAGUGGUUUCGUCACGAUUCCAGACCAACAGAUGGCGAACGGUACCGAGCAAGACGACGAAGACGAGCGGGGUAUAAGACUGCCUAAUAUCUCACUAGACCUGGGCAUUCUCUGGACCUUCCUACCCAGCGUCGUGUUACAGCUGCUCAACAUUUACUGGCAGUGGAUUGCCGGCUCGCUGGCUUCUCGACAGCCAUAUGUGGACCUUUUACACGGCAGGGCGGCCGCAGCUGCGAGCUCUGUCUUGCUCGACUAUCGCUGCACACCCUCCCUUUGGAGGUGGUGGCGGGCCUUCCGGCUGGGACAUACCACUGUCGGACUUACGGCCAUGACCGGCCUCGCUCUACAAUACAUUUCUGCGCCCUUGGGCGCUCGCCUGUUUGCCACACGGGUUAUCAUGAUGCCGGCCGAUAUUCCCAUCUCCUUCAAUUCGGCGUACAACUUUUCCGCAUUUUCAGACAAGUUUGACAUGAGACCGGCACUGAGCAGCGCUCGGUUAGCGCUGGUGAAUAACGAAAACAGACACCCGUGGACCAACGACGAGUUUGCUUUCCGCCCUUUCCACUCCCCGCUUGCCCCUCGCACAGGAGAGUACCAUUUAGUCGCCAACACAACGGCGUAUUCGGCCUAUGUCAACUGCGAACUCGUCUCCGACUACACCAUGUCACUUGAGCUGGUCGAACCAGGAAAGGGCGUGGUUCAAGUCAAGGGGACAGACAGGGGCUGCGAUUUCUCGCACGGGGUUGCGGUGGUGGAGGGGCCCCCUGACCUCAUCUUCUUCAAGACAAGCGCUCAGCGUGCCUGCUCCCAUGCAGCACACUACAGUCGACUCAUCUUCACAGCGGGAACUUACUCUCCGACGAGCCCGUACCUGCUCUCUAACGUCAGUGUCAUUUCGUGCGCCACCGACUAUCGCACCAUUGCCGGACUCCUCGAGGUAGCCGUCUCCUGGCCCCCUUCCUCCCUGACGUCAGGCGCCCCCGGCCCGCCGACCACCGUUUUCCACUCCUUCACACCGCUGACGGACAAUAACUCUUCCAGCCGGCACGACACGCCUUGGAUGGUGAUGGAGACGAGAAUGCUCGAGAUAGACGUCUUUAACCCGGGCAUACAGUGGUUGUCGUCCGAGUUUGGCAACAACAUCUUGUACGUCGCCGAGAAGCAGGCUGGCAGAGAGAACCUGCUCUCCCCGCCGGUGCUCAUGCAGGCCAUUGCGCGUGUCUUUGGUGCUACUUAUGCCGUCGCCACCGCCAUGGCCAUGUUUACCCCGCUUGAGGUGGCCGAGACGGGCGUGGGAACCAUGUGGACGCCGACCAUAAGACUGUUUGUCGUUGUUGAGUGGGCCGCUUAUGCCGUUCUGGCUCUUUUGCUGGUGGCCUUGUUCCUCAGCGGGUGGGUGUUUUGGCGUGUGCAGAGCACAAAGUCGAUCCUGACCGAAGAGCCCGAGGGCUUGCUUGCCAUGGCGGGUCUGCUGGACGGCAGCGACCUGAUGGCGCUUGUCCCUCGGAUCCGGCAGCAGUCUGGUUACGACGGCCGGGUAAGGCACACGGGCAAAUGCCUUCCUGAGAUUAAAGGCACACCGUGGGUAGCUACUGCGGAUGGCACAAAGCUCACGGGAGAGUUGACCAUCAAGAAAAAGACGGAUUAG